AUGCAAACUGCUAUUUGGACCAUCCGACAAAGAACAAAAAUCCUGAAUCUCAAGUCCACUUUUAUAGAUCUUGGAGCUCUGGUCUUCUGGGUUCCUCAGGGUUAUCGAGAUAGCGUCUCCUUAGUUAUUCUCACUAGACAUCAAAAAGCACACAUUGUAAGGACACAUCUCUAUAGGAGACGUCUUAGAGUGCUGGGACCAGUGUUCAUUCCAUGUCGGAAGAUACUAGAGACUCCACAGAGACGUAGCACAACUCUUCCAUUUGGUAAAAUCCCCAUUUUGGAAGUUGAUGGACUUAACCUUCACCAGAGCCUGGCAAUAGCAAGAUACUUGGCCAAAAACACAGAUUUGGCUGGAAAAACAGAAUUGGAACAAUGUCAAGUUGAUGCGAUUGUGGACACAUUGGACGAUUUCAUGUCACGUUUUCCUUGGGCAGAGAAAAAACAAGAUAUAAAAAAUCAGAUGUUUAAUGAGCUACUUACAUAUGAUGGACCUCAUCUGCUGCAAGAUUUGGACACAUACUUAGGUGAAAAGGAGUGGCUUACUGGUAACUCUGUAACUUGGGCAGAUUUCUACUGGGAAAUUUGCAGUACCACACUUUUGGUCUUUAAACCUGACUUGUUGGACAUCCAUCCCAGGCUGGUAACAUUACGGAAGAAAGUUCAAGCCAUUCCCGCUAUCGCUGACUGGAUACAACGAAGGCCCCAAACCAAACUCUAGGUAAUGUGUGCUGCCUCUAAGCUUUGUUAUUCACAGCAUCACUUCCAUCAGAUAAGAAGCUACGUCAGCCUGCCAUGGAAUCUACACACUCCCCUCCGCAGCUCCACCAACUCUUUCACUUUUGCCAUAUUCUGUUUAAAAAAAAAAAAAAGAAAAAAGAGGGGAGAACGAGAUCACUUAGUUUCGAGCAUCCCUUUUGUUUUUUUUCCCUUUCCCUUAGAAUAAUUUCACAUCAUUUACAACUGAGAAAAAAGUUUAUGAUACAGGCAGGGCUCACAUUUCAUGGGUUUCGACAUGCAUGGAUUUCAGUCACAAUGGUUAAGGAACAUACACGUUUCCCCCCAAAAUGGUUUGGACUUAAGCUGUAAUUGCAUAAAGUGUUAACUUUGCUGCUAGCUCUGUGGUCCACAAAUCACUAUGUAAAUAAGAGAUGCACAGCAUGACCAGUGCCCAAUCCCAUCACUUCUUUCCAAGGCUGUUAAUGAGUGGCCACUGCACAGCUAUUACUCAUGCACAGGUAGCAGGGUGGGUAGCUGCCUUGCCGGCUUGUUUCUCAGUGAUAAACCCACUCAGAAAUUUUUAAAAAGUGGUCAUUGAAAAAGGGAACUCAGCAACACAGAUGAAAGUACAAUAAAGAAAUGAAAAGUGACCAUGCUGGAGCCAAAUUCAAAUUACACAUAAAUGGAAAGAGCGGACUAUGAGAACAUUUACACGGCUGCAGUUCAAGGGGCUCCAGAGAUGUAGCUGGAAGAACUUGGCAGACCUACUGACAGAAAUGAGGAAAAUGGCCGUGACAAAGAUGAUGUUCCAGAGGAAGGGAGACUGCCAAAGAGCUUCACGUUAAAAGAACAGAGAUCAAAAGAAUGAGAAGACAAGCCACAGACUGGGAGAAAAUAUUUGCAAAAGACGUUAUCUUUACAUGGUAUGUAAAUCAUGGAUACACAAUAUGGAAUUCUUUACUUUCUGCUCAAUUUUGCUAUGAACCUAAAACUCCUCUUAAAAAUAAGUCUAUUAAAAAAGAAAAAAGCAGGGAUAUUUCAUGACACUGGAAAUGCAAUAAAAUGUUGAAAGGUGAUCCAAACUUAAAAUUAUGAUAAUUUGGGUAUAUUGGACUAUACCCAAAAUAGACAAAGAACCCUUAAAAUCCAACAAAUGAACCCAAUUACAAAAUGGACCAAAGAUCUGGACAGACACCUCAUCGAAGAUAUACACAUGGCAAAUGAGCAUAUGAAAAGAUGCUCAACAUCAUAUGUCACCAGUGAAGUGCAAAUAAAAACGAGUUACCAUUAUGUACCUGUUAGAAUAGCAAAAUUUCAAAAGACUGACACCACCAAAUGCUGGUAAGGAUGUGAAACAAAAUUAACUUUUACUUACUGCUGAUAGGAAUGGGAGAUGAUAAAGACUUGGGAGAGAGUGUCGCAGUUUCUUACAAAACUAAACCCACUCUUACCAUAUGAUCCAGCCAUUAUGCUCUUUGGUA